AUGGGCAACUGCUGUGUCGCUGGUGCUUCGUCAGACAUGGCAACGUUUAAGUGGAGCAUCGACAACUUUUCCUCCCUUCUUGACAAGGGUGAAGGAUGGACAAACUCUAGAGUGUUUAAGAUCAUGGGCCAUGCCUGGCACUUGAAACUGAAUCCAAUGGACAGAAACAGCUGUGAUGAAGAGUGUGUCUCCCUCAGGCUUCAGCUGUCUAAAACUUCAGUGGAACCCAACACUAUCGUUGACGCAUCUUUCAGAUUGAUCAUAUAUGAUCAGUUAUAUGGAAAGGAUAGUGAACAUCACGUGAGCCAUACUUUCCAGACUGCAAGCACAAGUUCUGGCAAGUCAUGCAUGAUUAAGCUUGCGGCACUGAAGAAUUCAUCUGGAUUCCUCGUCAAUAACAACUGCGUCUUUGGUGUCAAGUUCAUUAAAGUUGUCACCACAAAAGCAAAGACGACAUCAGAGAAACUCUUUGUCAAGAAUGCGAGCACCUUGCCUGAGGCCAAAGCUGCUUACACCUGGUGCAUUGCGGACUUCUUUGGAAUGGAGAACCCAGGGUACUCCCCGGAGUUCACAGCUGGUGGAUACAAAUGGUCGAUUCGCCUCGAUAAAGAAGAAAACCACAUCUCCUUGUACCUGAAGAAGAUGAUAAAUGAUCUCCCCGAAGACUCUGCCGUCCUGGUUGAAUUCACCUUAUCCAUCAAAAACCAGGAAGGUGGCAAGCAUUUGAAAAAAAAAGGCCUGACCCAGUUCUCAAACAAUGAUCCAACCUGGGGAUGGGAGAAGGUUGUUUCGAUGGAGGAUAUUCAGGACUCAUCAAAUGGUUAUCUCAUCAAAACCAAGUGCUGCAUUGAGGCUGAGGUCACAACCGUUGGCUCCUCCAAGAUGAAGUAG